AUGAAGCUUAGGAGGAUCAUAACUUAUUUUUAAGUAAACAUCAAAUUAAUCUAUAUUACAAGUAAGAUAAUUAAAUAAAUGAAAUAACAUACUCAUAAUAAAAUAACCUAUUUAAUACAAAUAAUCUUAAUUUUAAUAAAUAAGUCUAAAUAUUUGUAUAAAUGCCAAAGAGUUCUAUCUUGCGAUGUAAAUAAUAAUUAGGAAUGUUUACAACAAAUUGAAGAUUAAAUUUAAAAUAAGAAGGUAUACCUCCAAAUAGGUAUAGAUUAUAUUUGGGUUCUAAAUAGUUAAAUAGUAAGAAAACUAUAAAGAAAUUUUAAACUUUGCAUCUUAAUAUAAAAUGCAGUAACAAGAUUAUUGUAGUAGACAAUCAGUAAAGAUAUAUUAAAUUGGUCAAACUUAAGGAUUUUAUUCUUAAAAUUAAAUAAUAUUUGGAAGAUAAUUUAAAUUUUCCAAUAAAAUCUUAAGAAUUAUAUUUUUAGGGUAUCUAAUUAGAAGAUUAUUAUACAUUAUUUUAGUAUCAGAUUUAAAAGCAUCUUAAUCCUUUUGUUGAAUUAAAAUUACAAAAUCUUAUUUAUAUAAAAAAUCAAAAAAUAGUUAAUUUAUGAAUUAUUUAGAUAUGUUUUAGACAAUUAAAAAUUUAAAAACAUUAUUGAUUUAAAUUAUUCUGAUUUAAGUUAUUUUCAUCUAUUAAAUAAUGAUGUAAUUUUAAAAGAUAAAUAUUUACUAAGUACUUACGAUAUUAAUCAUUUAUCAAUACUUAAAUUAGUUGAAAUUAAAUACAUAAAAUUUGAAUUACAAACCUAGACUUUAACAUUCCAAAUAGAAAAAAAAAUACUAUGA